ACGAAUCCUUGCCGCUUUGGACGAAAAAACUCCUAUUUUCCAGGCCUCGAAAAUUCUGAGAGAUGAUGGUCUACUUUGUUUUGGUGGUGAAUGGGGGAGUGGGUUGCAGGUCAGACGCUAUUUGAUCUUGGGGCCCGACUUCACAAUUUUACUUUUCAUUCUUUUGAUCUCUGUCUGAAGGUCGGAUGACACUUCCUUUGCUUAAUAAUUAUUGAGAAAGUUCACUAUUAAAUUCCCUCAAGUGGUUAUAAAAUAUAUCUUUGGUUUGUGUGGUAACCCUUCGUUGAUGGCCGAUGCGAAGUCUUGGAGAAUAGCGAUAAGUCUUGGAGAAUAGCGAUAUUGUUCGCUUCAAUCUGAACCUUUCUGUCUCAAUCCCGGUUAGAAACUCCUGAAGAUGCUUUUGUAUUGACAGGGGACGCUUCUUUUUUCUAAUUUAAGUAUUUAGCACUGUGUAUGUGAUUCUACCGAGCUUUGUUUCCUUUAACAUUUUACUAGUUUCACAAGCUUGUCGCCAGGGGAUGUCAUGGAUACUAAGGACGUAUCUUCCGAUCAAGUCAUUGCAGAAAUGCUUGAAAUGGGGUUUGAAUAUGCCAAUGUUGUGGAAGCUUUGAAAGCAGCAGGUCCAUCUAUUCAUAGUGCUCUGGAGUUUAUCCUGAACAAUGCUGGUAGAAAUUGCGGUAGAACAUCUCUUGCUAGUAUUAAUAACUCCAAAUUUUAUGCGCGCAACGAGAAGGGUUUCAGAAAAAGGGACUCGACCUCGGCCUCGUCCCAUUCCUUAAGUUAUGUUCGACAGUCUAGCAUCCUGGACCAUCUCCAAUCCGCCAAUGAAUCCACAAAAAGCAAGACAGAUAUUGUGCUUGGUGUACCAUCUAGUGGGUUGGAAGUUCCUCCAGACAAUGUGGAAGAGCUCAAGGAGCCUUUCUCUGACAUGGAUGUUGAUUCCAAUAUCUUGUCAGGAAAUUGUAAGGCUGAUUCCCUGGAUGAGCUGGAGAGUUCAUCAGAUUGGGAGCAGAAAGCUAGCAAUCUCUUGCAAAAGCAUUUUGGCUUUUCAUGCUUAAAGAGUUUUCAAAAGGAAGCCUUGACUGCUUGGGUAACUCAUAAAGAUUGCCUUGUCCUGGCUGCAACAGGAUCUGGAAAGUCCUUGUGCUUUCAGAUCCCUGCAUUGCUAUCUGGGAAGGUGGUGGUUGUGAUUUCACCCUUAAUAAGCCUGAUGCAUGAUCAAUGCUUAAAGCUAUCAAGACACGGGAUCAGCGCUUGCUUUCUUGGAUCUGGGCAACCUGACAAUACAGUUGAACAUAAGGCAAUGAGAGGCAUGUAUAGUAUAAUAUAUGUAUGCCCAGAGACAGUUCUAAGAUUGAUUAAACCACUACAGAAGCUUGCAAAAAGCCAUGGUAUUGCCUUAUUCGCAAUUGAUGAAGUACACUGCGUUUCUAAAUGGGGCCAUGAUUUCCGGCCAGACUAUAGACGACUGUCUGCAUUAAGGGAAAACUUCGGUACUAGCAAACUAGAAUUCCUAGAAUUCGAUAUACCUCUGAUGGCUUUGACUGCUACAGCUACCAACCUGGUUCGAGAGGAUGUUUUAAAGUCGCUACACAUGUCAAAAAAAACAAAGAUUGUUCUCACUUCCUUUUUCCGGCCUAAUUUACGGUUCAUUGUAAGGCAUAGUAAGACAUUUUCAACUUCUUAUGGGACAGAUUUUCAUGAGCUAGUUGAACUAUAUGGUAAAAAGCAAAAGUCAGAUGACAAGGAAAAAGCUUUUAUCUUAAAGGAAUCACCAGAUGUUUUCAUUAACUCUGAUGCUGGUAGAAUCUCUGAGGUUGACUGUCUUUCCCCUUGUGAUUUGGAUGGCGACCAAGAUGAUUACAGUGAAGGAGAUAUUAGUGUAUUGCAUUCAAGAUGCACUAAUGGUGCUAUAAAUGGAAGAGAAUUGUCAGUUGAAUACCUGGAAAACGACAUUGAAGUCUUUCAAAGUGUGGAUGACUGGGAUGUUGCCUGUGGUGAAUUCUGUGGACAACCUCCUCAAAACGAAUGGGAGUUAUCUGAGAUCGUUGAUCCACCCAAGAAAUCAGAAGGAAGACUUAGACUUAUUAAAGAGCCGUUAGAGCAAGGACCAACUAUCAUAUAUGUUCCCACAAGAAAAGAAACACUGAAGAUUGCAAAGUAUCUAUGUGAAUUUGGUGUGAAGGCUGCUGCUUAUAAUGCAUCGCUGCCCAAAUCACAUCUAAGAAGGGUACACAAGGAUUUUCAUGAAAACACAUUAGAGGUUGUUGUUGCAACAGUGGCUUUUGGAAUGGGGAUUGACAAAUUGAAUGUGAGAAGAAUCAUCCAUUAUGGUUGGCCACAGAGCUUAGAGGCCUACUACCAAGAAGCUGGCCGGGCUGGACGAGAUGGAAAAUUAGCAGAUUGCAUUCUUUAUGCAAACCUAUCAAGGGAACCAUCACUUUUGCCCAGCCAUAGAAGUGAAGAGCAGUUAAAACAUGCCUAUGUCAUGUUGUCUGAUUGUUUCAGAUAUGGAAUGAAUACUUCAUCUUGUAGAGCAGAGACGCUGGUUAAGUACUUUGGAGAGGAUUUCCAUAAUCAAAAGUGUCUCAUAUGUGAUGUGUGUGUCGAUGGACCACCUCAAAUGCAAAAUCUGAGAGAGGAGGCAUGUACUUUACUACAAGCUGUAGCUGAACAUUGUGGACAAAGCUCUGAUGUGGAUGGCAUAUGCGAUGACAAUGUACAUUCUGAUCCCAAAAAAAGGAGAAUUGAAGGGAGGCUUAGUCUUAAUUUGGUUGUUAGGAAGAUAAGGGAGCAAUCUCAAAAUUUUCUUGUCACUGAUAUGUUUUGGUGGAGAGGUCUUGCUCGAGUUAUGGAACGACAGGGAUACAUCAGGGAGGGAGAUGAGAAGAGCCAUGUGCAGAUAAGGUACCCGGAACCAACAGAAUUGGGGUUGAAGUUCGUGUCAGAUGGUGAACAAGCUUUCUAUGCUUACCCUGAGGCUGAUAUGCUGCUUGCGGCGAAAAGCAGCAAUAGCAAACCAUACUCCUCAUUCUCGGAUUGGGGAAAAGGCUGGGCAGAUCCUGAGAUUCGUCGCCAGCGGCUCCAAAGAAUGCAACUCGAUGGGAAGCCAGCGGUGCUGCCAGGUCCCAGAAAAUCACGCAAGAGAAAUGCUGUUAGAGUGAAGCCUGAUCUGAGGACUUGUCGCGGGAGACUAGCUGCAAAACUCUCAAGACAUACAUGAUUUCAAGAUUUGUUCAGGUUUAUCCUUAAGUCGAUUUAUCCAUCUUGACCUGGAUUUUCGUAAGAGAGAAAUUUGGUCAGAUUCUUGUGCAUGGUCAUCGACUGUACUGAUGCUGUGGCAAACCAAUCCUUAAGUUCCGUUGUCAUGUUAACUUGUCAGUGUCUCAAUUUUAAAUUUCUUUUUUAUAA